AAACAAAGCCGCCUCAUUUCUCCAACAUUAAAACCUCUACUUCCCCCACAAAAAAAAUUAAGAAAAAUCGAUUUUUUUUCCUCCUCCUCCACUUUUCUUCGCUUCCUCACUACCACCUUCUCGUUGAUCCUCCUCCCCGUUCUUGGCUCCCCUCGCAUUCGUCCUCACUUCCCUUCUUCCAUGGGGGUUCGCCGCCGUGAGUGAGGAGGAGGAGGAGUAGUACUAGGAGGAGGUGAGGCCAUGGAGAGGGUGGAGGAUCCGGACCUGGAGGACCCGAACCCGGACGUGGGGGAGCUGUUCAGCCACUACGACGGGCUCUACUUCCGCGGCGCGCUCGCCGGCGCCGGCUUCUCCGUCCAGUGGAGCUCGCCGCCGUCGCGGAUGGCCGGUUCUUUUGGAUCGUGUACCUUCGGAAAACCGGAUAAUACCAUAACAUUGUCUGAAACUGUGCUGAAAUAUCGCUCAAGUAUUGAUAUGAAGAAUGCAUUGCUGCAUCAGAUGAUCCAUGCAAUCUUAUUUGUAAAGCAUCAUAGGAAGGACUGCCGGGGUCAUGGUCCUAUUUUUCGUGCUUGGAUGACUGCUAUUAACACCUGUUCUAUUGACGAUCACCAGAGACCACCUGAUGGGUACAAUAUCACCACCAGACAUGAUUUUUCUCCGGACAAGUCCACCCGCAGCCUAAGUGGUUUUUUGUGGAAGUGUGAAUAUUGUGGGAAUACACUUGUGAGAGCCACAAACAUCGGUGCUCCAUCUGAUGCCUGCUGCAUUGAGAAUGUUGACAACUGCUCAACCUGUGGCAACAUGCUUUGCCACUGGCAUAACCACAAGAUGAACUGUGGUGGCACAUACACAAAGAUGGGCACAUCAACAUCGGCAGAAGUUCAAAACAAUGUUCAAGUUUCUCCAGGUACAAAAAGAUGCCCAACUGACAUGAAAAUGGCCAAGUCACAAAGAACCAUACGGAAACCAGAGUCACCAGAUUCAGAUGGAUUGCAGGAGAAAGCUACUGUCAUGAAACAAAAAGCAGAAGGCGAGCUUCUCGCACUUGUGGCUGGCAGCAAUUUAAAAUUAACAGGAAGUAACUCUUCAAAGAAGGGAGUGAAGAGGCAUAGGCCUGAAGACACUCAAGACACAAAUGCUAUGCUUUCUACCCCUCUGAAAAACCUGAAGCUGGGCCUAGACUUGGUUUCAUCUGGGAAGCACAGGGUGUCAUCUAUAGUUGGUAGCAAUAACACAAAAUCAUCAAGAGGUAGUGCUUCAAGGAAGCAACGCAAACGACAUUCACCUGAGAAUGUUCAGAAGUCCAGUGUUCUGCCUGCUCUCUCUCAAAAGAAGCUGAAACUGAAGGAAGACCUGGUUGUAUCAGGGAAGAACGAGCCUUUAUCCCUAGUGAAUUUCAGCAAUGGAAAAUCAGCAGGAAGUAACUCAUCAAAAAAGGUAAGCAAGCAGCAUGAACUUGAAGGAGUUCAGAAAUCCUGUGUUCAGCCUGCUAGCCCUCCGAGAAAACCGAGGCAAGAUCUUGUUGCAUCGGUCAAAACCGAGAUUUCUUGUCUAGCCAGUCGCAGCGAUGCUAAAGUGUUGAGAGGCAGCUCCUCAAAAUGUGCAGGCAAUCAGCAUGAGCCUGCAGACAUUCAGAAAAGCAUCGCUCUGCCUUCUGCCUCUGAAAGUAAACUCAAGCGACAGAAUGAAAUUAGCUCCUCAACUAAGGCAGGGAUGCAGGACAAGCCUAGAGGCACUCAGAAAACCAUUGAUCUGCCUGCUUCCCCUCAAACAAAACUGAAGCAAUCAGUGUUGCAGAAGCAAAAGAGACAGUGCGGAACUAGGAAGUCAGCUAAUGAGCAAUUUGCCGUGAUUAGUGCUUGGCUGAACUACUACGAGUCAGAAGGAUCAAGUGGAUCAACUGAGCCCCUUGUAAACAAAAGAACAGAGCGGAGAAGGAUAGCGAGGAAUAGGAUAACUUAUACACGGUCAAGGAAGCAAAAUGCCAGGGGAAAUGCUUCCAUCAAGUCCCAACCUUCUGAAGAUGACUCGUCUCAAGCAAAAGCUGCAGCUCCAUGCUUGGAGAUUGUUGUUAGCACCCCUUCUGAGCAGGUGGUAAAUCAAUCCCCCGGAUGCCAGUCCCAGUCACCAGCUCCAUACUUGGCGAUCGUUCCUUUCGACGCUGCUCAUGAUAUGGUUCCACUUCAGUCAGCAGAUCCACCCGGUUUAACUGAUGAUCCAACCAUUACUUCUGGCAUAAUUGAUAUUUCAGAUGAUGACUGAUUUUAUUUUCGAAUUGGCAUUGAUCCUGCAACAGGCAAUGCUUUCGAUGGAUGAACAACAUACUGGAUGCUAACAAACUAUUGGUGUUAGGCUCGCAUCAUUUUGGAAAUUGACAUUGUUUUUGCAUAGUGCCUAAUAUAGAACAGUAGCUGCUUAUGAGCAUAGGAUUGCAAAUUUUGCAACUCAUGUUCGAACCACAGUAGCAUAAAUUCUUAUAGUCCCAGCAGGAUCUCAGAAGUAGACUCUUAUAUCUUGGGCACAAACCUCUGAAUUAUGAUAUGUAAAAUGCAAUUUCAAUAUAGUCUUCUGUGAACACUGUGCUAGUAAUAGAGCUUCUGGGUUCUGGCUUUUGCUGCAA